GUCGCACGUGUAGGCGCCAGCCAAAUUCAGGUAGAAGUCCGUCACGCUGGAAACAACAGUUAUUUAGAUAUAUUCUGAAAGAAAAAAUAUAAUAUAAAGCUGGUUUUUUAUAUAUUUAAUUCACACAAACAUCAAUGACAAUGCUGCCGCAAUUUGAGAUUAUUGUUGGCACCUACGACGAAUAUCUAUUGGGCUAUCAAAUGGCCUGGCGUCGCAACAAAAAAGGAUCGGACAAGAUCCAAUUGAAGGCGACCUUUGCCGACAGAUCACACGACGGCUCAGUGAAGUGUCUGGCCGUGCACGGACACCUGGUGGCCACCGGGGGGCUUGACGAUCGCAUCUUUGUAUAUGAUAUGCGCACACGGAAGCAGGCGAACGUUCUCAACAUGCACACGAGCACGAUUAAUACGCUGGUCUUCACAUCGGAUGCGUCGCACUUGAUGUCGGGCAGCAAGGAUGGGCGUUUGAUAGCCACACGCUUGGCUAACUGGUCACCUGAAGCUGAGUGGACCAAGCCCCAUAAUGGCAAAGCCGUCACACACGUCGCUUGCCAUCCGAGCAGCCGUCUAUGCCUGUCCCUGGGCGCCGAUCUGGUGCUGAAUACGUGGAACUUGAUCAAGGGACGCAUCGCGUACAGAACAAACCUGAAAAGCAAACGUUCCUUGGGCAGCUCACCCGAUUGUCUGGCCUGGUCGGCACAAGGCAAUUACUUUUCCAUGGCCGGGCCGGCUACCUUCGAGAUUUGGAACAUUGGAACAGCCAGCGUAAUGCGUCAAAUCAAGAUGCCAUCGAAGCCCAUCUGUGCGACCUGGCUGGAUGAUAAAAACUGCGUGGCGGGCCUCGAAAAUGGCACCAUUGCUUGGAUCUCGCUGGAUUUCGAUGAAACGGCUGCCCCCAACAUAUUGCCCGGCCACAGCAAUCGCGUCAAGGCCAUAUCCUUCAUGCACAACACGGUGGUUAGCAUCUCCAGCGUCGGCGAGAUCAAGGUCUGGAGCUGCGAUCUGCCCGGCAAGCAACUAUCGCUAAUCACAUCCGCAAGCAUAGACUGCCGUCCCACCUGUAUGUCCCUGCUGGAUACAACGCAGUUUAGCCGGCAGCAAGAGGACACUCGCGACCGCACUGAUAAACAGAAGACAGCCAGGAUGGCCGCUCGCAUCGAGGCACUGGAGUCACUGAGGAAUCGCAGCUACGUCUCAAUUGAAUACGAUGAGGAUGCCGGCGAAACCGAUCCGGUGUUCGGUCGCGAUGCAGACGGCGACAGCGACAGAAAUGAGAGUGACGGCAACAGCCAUCAAUCGGAGUACGACAGCGACGACAGUCUGGGAGAAUCGGACACAAGUGAGCCCAAGCCCAGGCCCAGGCCAAGGCCAAAGCAAAAGCAAGCAACAGCACCACGUGCUCCGCUGAAAGCUAAACGUUCGCAAAAGCGUGUGCCCGCCCAGGAUAAUAGCGAGCCCACCGAAGACUUCAUUAGUCUUAACCCAAGCGAAGGCUCUGCGCCCCGUAGACUGGCCGGCCAGAAGGCGGCCACGCCCCGUUUACAGAAACGCAAUGCGCCCAUCGCCAAAUUGAUUCCGCAGCAGAAGCGUUCGAAGCAUGCAAAUUGAAAACUACAUUGUG